AUGACUAUACAAAAUAAACAAUUUUUGAAAAACCAGGCUGUUGAGUCGACGGUUUUGAUUAGCGAUGCUCCUUCUACUUAUUCCUCGGUCGAUAACUCAUUGAGUGAGUCGAGUCAAGGACCAACUUCCAUCGACAAUCCAGACGAUUUCAGUCUUUUAGAAAUUCCAAACAUUGUCUUUAUUGAAGCUUCUCUAUUUACUAAUGUCUUCCUUUCUGGUUUUGAUAGUACCGUUACAGCUUCCACUUAUACUACUAUUGGGAAUUAUUUCAACGCAGUCAAUUUGGCCUCUUGGAUAACUACUUCGUAUCUUGUGACUUCUACGGCUUUUCAGCCUCUUUAUGGAUCUAUUUCAGACGUUAUUGGACGUCGUUACUGUGUCUUUUUUUCGGUUUUCACUUUCAGUAUCGGUUGUUUGGGCUGUGGAAUAUCUCCUAAUAUUUAUAUUUUAAACUUUCUGCGUUCUUUAACGGGGGUAGGUGCUGCUGGAUUGAUAGCCCUCUCUACAAUUGUCAAUAGUGACAUAGUUCCUUUGAAAAAAAGAGGUUUGGUUCAAGCUUGUCAAAAUUUGUCUCUUGGUAUGGGGGGAAUUUUUGGUGCUGCCUUCGGUGGUACCAUUCUGAAAUAUUUAGGCUGGCGUUGGUGCUUUUUAUGUCAAAUACCUUUAUGCUUUUGGAGCUCCAUGGUUGGUUAUUAUUAUAUUCAAGAUCAACCUUCUUUACAAAAUUCAAAAAUUAAGUUUGAUAAACAUCUUUUCGAAAAAAUUGAUAUAAAAGGUUCUUUCUUGGUAGUUGCCGCCUUAACUGUUAUUCUUUUAUUUUUAACUAUGGGUGGUAAUGAAUUAGCCUGGUCCGAUUUUCGUCUUAUUCUGUUAGCUAUCUUGGGUUUACUUCUUUCUUUUUACUUUAUUCGUACUGAACUCACUACUAAAUCGACUCCAAUCAUGCCUAUUCACCUUUAUCGAAACAGAUUCACCAUGUACCUACUUUUCAUUAAUUUCAUAAUUGGUUUAGCAUCUUACGCUUAUCUUUUUGCAUUACCUCAAUUGUUCCAAAUUGUUUUGGGUGAUUCUCCCUCUCAAGCCGGAUUACGUUUAGCUAUUCCUUCACUAUCAACCCCAAUUGGUGGCUUGACUACUGGUAUCUUAAUGAAUAAAUACAGCUUGCUUCGUAGUUUGGUUUUUGCUGGUACUUCAAUCAUGACAAUUGGAAAUUUUAUCGCCUUAUUUGUGAGUCCUAAGAUUAAAGGUAUCUUACUUGCCUUAUUACUUGUUCCUGCUAAUUUAGGACAAGGCUUGUGUUUUCCAUCGAGUUUAUUUCUGUUUAUUUUUGCAUAUGGUCCAGCAAACCAUGCUACCUCAACCUCAACAACUUAUCUUUUGAGAAGUAUAGGUGGUGUUUUUGGAGUUUCUGGUGUUUCUGUUAUAAUUCAAUCCUAUUUGAAGGUGAAUGCUUCCAAACAUUUAGCCGAACUUGAUUUGUCCCAUCAUGAGAUCAAUAAAAUCGUUAAAAAAAUCACUAAAUCAACGGAUAAUAUAUAUCUUUUACCUGAAAAUAUCAAAAAUAUUAUCCUUCAAGAUUAUGAAAGGGGUAUUAGAAUUGCUCAAUUUUGUACGGGAAUCUUAAGCUUCUUAGCUGUCGUGUCAUGUGUUUUAUCAUGUAUUACUAAAUCUAGACCAGAUCAUCCAAGUAUUUUUACUUAG